GUUGACCAAUAGCUGGCAGUCAGUGUAUGACCAUGAGUAUAAAGGUAGGCCGUUGACUAGUAGGAACCUUCAUGCACAAGAAAUUCAACGCAGAAGAGGAGAUCUUUUUAAAUCCAGUCAUUGUGUAGCUUUGCUUCAAUGCUCAAGGAACCCUGAUUCUCAGAUCUGCACCCAUUAUUUGAUUGUUGGUUUUCUGAAGACAGCUGUUUUAUUAUUUUCACACUUCAACUCUAAGAAUCUCCAGCAUUUGCAAUGGAGAGGCGGAAGUCAAACAAAGAGGGUCAUGUCAACUCAGCUUUUGAUUCCAACCAUGAUGAGCCUCCGAUCUAUGAAGAGACAGAAUUGUCCAACGAUGACCAUCGGACGAUCAGGCCCUCAGUAAUCAGUGCUUUCGGUCAUGAUACUUUAGACCGAGUGCCCAACAUUAACUUCUACCGUAACGCCGGCAGUGUGAGUGGUCACCGAGCUAUCAGGCCAUCCUUGCAGGAGCUCCAUGAUGUUUUUCAAAAGAAUGGUCCAAUCUCUGUGCCCGAAACGGUGACAGAUGAUGGCGAAAGGAGCGAAGAUAGUGAAGGAUUCCCUUCGGAUGAUCUGGAGUCUGCAGCUCCACUUGAUGAAAAAAAAGGAGCAGUAAAGUUUGGUUGGAUUAGGGGAGUUCUGGUAAGAUGUAUGUUAAACAUCUGGGGUGUGAUGCUUUUCAUCCGCCUGUCAUGGGUUUUUGGACAGGCAGGUUGGGGUCUGGGAAUCGUGGUCAUUGCUCUCAGCUGUGUGGUGACCACCGUCACAGCCCUCUCCAUGUCUGCCAUUUGCACCAACGGGAUUGUUAGGGGAGGAGGAGCUUACUACAUGAUAUCUCGCAGUUUGGGGCCAGAGUUCGGAGGCUCGAUUGGUCUCAUUUUUGCCUUCGCCAAUGCAGUGGCUGUGGCCAUGUAUGUGGUGGGCUUUGCAGAAACAGUGGUGGAUUUACUCAAGGAAUAUGCCCAUCUGAUGGUGGAUGAGCUGAAUGACAUCAGGAUCAUUGGCUGCAUUACGGUGCUGUUGCUCUUAGGCAUAUCUGUGGCUGGAAUGGAAUGGGAGGCAAAGGCACAAAUCGUUCUACUUGUGAUCUUGCUGGUGGCCAUAGUGAAUGUGUUUGUAGGAACAGCCCUUAACCCAACAGAAGACAAGAAGUCAAAGGGAUUUUUUGGCUAUCAAACAAACAUCUUUAUGGAGAACUUUAGACCACAUUUUAGGGAUGGGGAAACAUUUUUCUCAGUAUUUGCUGUCUUCUUCCCUGCGGCAACCGGUAUCUUGGCUGGAGCUAACAUCUCUGGAGAUUUGAGGGAUGCCCAGGCUGCUAUACCCAAAGGUACCUUGUUAGCCAUCCUGAUUACUGGUGUCACCUACCUCGCUGUGGCCCUUUGUGUCUCUGGUACUGUCGUCCGAGAUGCCACAGGAAACACAACCGACCUCAUUAUUCCCGGUACGUUUUGUAACGGCUCAGCAGUAGCGGCCUGUGAACUGGGCUAUGAUUUUACUUCCUGCGAAACAGAACCAUGCAAGUUCGGCUUGAUGAACAACUUCCAGGUUAUGACCAUGGUUUCUGGGUUCGGUCACCUCAUCACUGCAGGAACCUUCUCAGCCACACUUUCAUCUGCCCUGGCCUCUCUUGUUAGUGCUCCUAAAGUCUUCCAGGCUCUGUGUAAAGACAACAUCUACACAGCUCUGCAUUUCUUUGCCAAAGGAUACGGAAAGAACAACGAGCCAAUCCCUGGCUACGUCCUCACAUUUAUUAUCUCUGUGGCCUUUAUUCUCAUUGGUAAUCUGAACACCAUUGCUCCGAUCAUCUCAAACUUCUUCCUGGCGUCUUACGCUCUUAUCAACUUCUCUUGCUUCCAUGCUUCCUACGCCAAGUCUCCAGGCUGGAGACCUGCAUAUAAAUACUACAACAUGUGGCUCUCUCUGCUGGGAGCCCUGCUCUGUUGUGUGGUCAUGUUUGUCAUCAACUGGUGGGCUGCUCUUCUCACAUACGCCAUUGAAAUUCUGCUCUACGUUUACGUCACAGUCAAGAAACCAGAGGUGAACUGGGGAUCGUCCACACAGGCGGUGACUUUUGUUAGUGCCGUCAGCAACUCUUUAUCUCUAACCGGUGUGGAAGAUCAUGUCAAGAACUUCAGGCCUCAGAUCUUGGCUCUAACUGGAUCAGCACGGGCCAGACCUGCUCUCCUAGAUCUGGCUCACUCCAUGACCAAGAAUUAUGGACUCUGUAUCACCUGUGAAGUUUUGAUGGGUCCAAGAUCAGAGGUCCUACCAGAGAUGAACGUUGGGAUGGAAAAGAACCAGCUGUGGCUCAAUAAGAAAAAACGCAAAGCCUUUUAUGCCGCUGUGGCCUGCGAAAAUUUCCGGGAAGGUGCAGAGACUCUGCUGCAGGCUGCUGGUCUUGGUCGCCUGAAGCCCAACACAUUAAUGAUUGGCUUUAAGAGAGACUGGAGGACUGCAGAAGCAGAAGCAGUGCAGGGUUAUGUGGGGAUACUACACGAUGCCUUUGAUUUUGAGUAUGGGACAGCGGUGCUAAGGAUGGAACAGGGAAUGGACAUAUCACAUAUCGUUGAGGAAGAAGAGGAAAUGCUGAGAGCAGCUAAGGAGCAACAUGCCUUGGAUGAUGAGAUGAUGCCAAAUGGAGGAAAAGCCAAGGGACUCUUCAGGAAGUCCAGGAAGUCAUCUCAGCAAGUACUCACAACCAGAGUGUCGGUAUGUGGGCCCCCUCCACCGCAGGUCGCCAAAAUGAACGAGAGGCUGAUAGAGGCUAGUCGUCAUUUUAAGAAGAAACAGCCUAAAGGCACCACUGAUGUGUGGUGGCUGUUUGAUGAUGGAGGUCUCACACUGCUGCUCCCAUACAUCCUCAGCACCAGGAAGAAGUGGAAAGACUCCAAAUUAAGAAUCUUCAUUGCAGGGCAGCCUGGACGGACUGAAAUAGACAAGCAGGAAAUGAGGUCCCUGUUGCACCAGUUCCGAAUUAAAUGCAGCGACAUCACCGUCAUUGAUGAUAUCAACGUUAGACCCAGGGAUGACAGCUUAAAGAAACUAGAAGACAUGAUUGAGCCUUUCCGUCUACAUGAGGGGUCCAAAGGCAGGGAUCAGGCGCAGGGAAUGCAAAAGGAGUAUCCCUGGAAAAUCACUGAUGCGGAGCUCAGCAGUUUUGAAGAGAAGACAAACCUCCAAGUACGCCUAAACGAACUCCUUCAGGAACACUCCAAAUUGGCCAAUCUGAUCGUUGUGAGCAUGCCCAUUGCUAGAAAGGGAUCCAUCUCUGAUUUCCUCUACAUGGCCUGGUUGGACAUCUUGACAAAGGACCUUCCACCCACACUGCUCAUCCGAGGCAACCACAAGAGCGUUCUUACCUUCUACUCUUGAGCAUCUCAAAGGCCAAACUCCAAAGAACAAUGUAGCUGGAAGGGGCAUCACAAAGACAUUACUUUGAACUAUGUUUAUAAAGGGUACAGUGAUAUUAGUGAGACAGUCUUCCAGACCACAUCAGUCAUGUGUUCAUACUCUGAUUAUCAAUUUAAGAAAAACAAUUUAAAAACACGCAAGAUAAUAACCAUGAAUUAUAGAGGGUUAAGAGUGUGAACUUUGGUUAAAAUGACGGUUAUAUGAACUGCUUCAUGAAGAAUUGAAGCAGUUUCCGGUUCAUCAUCGUUAUCUGUUAGGUUUGAGGCUGCUGUUUGACUAUUUAGCAUAACAUCAAUGUGAGCUUAAUAAGAAAUUUUGCAGUUUUCCAUUUCAGUCCAGAGAGAGAACCAGCGGGCACAUGACGCUGCUGGCGUAGUUAGAGUGACUGUAAUAUAAAUGUAAAUAAAACACUGGAGUAGACGUUUUUUAAGUCAAAAAGCUUAAUAAAUCAUUACCAAUA